AUGCCAUUAUCGUUAACGCCAUGCGCGCCAUUGCCAUUCAAAAUAUUAUUACCAAUCAAAAGAUUCCCCCCAACAUUAUUUUCUUGUAAAAUUAAAGGAGGGAGAGGUGUCCCCCAACAACAAGCUGAACAAUUACAUUCAUCAAAAACUACAGUGCUAGGUGUAUUUGUUCUACUAGAGACACCCAUUAAGGGUGGAUCAUUUUCUAAUGAAGAAGAAUUUGGGGGAGAAGUGGAGGGAAAGGAAUUAUUUGGGGGUGGAAUAUUUGUAGAAGAAUUAAUUGUUGAUCCAAAAAUUUGUUGAGUUUGUUGCUGAUGAUGUUGUGAGAGAUAGCACCUUUUAUGUUGUUGAUUAUGAUGAUGAUGAUAAUUGUUUUCAGCUA